AAUUUAACAUUUCAUUAUUUUCUUCUUUAAUUUUCUUAAACAUUCUUCAAAAAAAAUUCUUAAUACCAUCUGCAUUCACCUUUUUUCAUCUCUAUUCAUUAUCUAGAAAUUUAAAUUUAAUUGAUAUAUAAAACCAAUCAUUAAGCUUCCUUCAAGGUCAUUAUAACCAUAUAACGAUUAUAUAAAAUGUUGAUACAUUUUAUAUCUAGACGAUUUAUGAUGGUGGCGAUGACGGUGGCGACCGCGAUUAUUGCAGCGGAAGGAGCUGAUAAUAAUGAUGUGUUUAGCCCAUGUUUAGAUGCCACAGUACAAAUAGCUGAUGGUUUUACGUUUGGCAUUGUAUUUUCGAGCAGAGAUUCGUUCUUUUUCGAUCAAGUUCAACUUUCACCUUGCGACACUCGGCUUGGUCUCUCCGGAAAAACGGCACAACUUGCUGUUUAUAGGCCUAAAGUUGAUGAGAUUUCUCUGCUCACCAUCAAUGGCACAACCUUUGAUCCGACUAUGUCCGGUGGCUAUAUGGUAGCAUUCGCAGGAAGGAAGUAUGCGGCAAGAUCACUUCCAGUUACAGUUGCUGAGAAUAAUAUGAUUGUUACUAGCUUCACUUUGGUACUUGAAUUCCAGAAGGGCAUACUGCAGAACUUGUUCUGGAAGAGUUUUGGCUGCGGUUCUUGCUCCGGAGACUUUGUUUGCCUCAACGGCAAAGACUGUGCAAUCCAAAAUUCUAAAUGCAGAAAUCUUGGUGGCCCCAUUGACUGCAAUCUAGGGAUACAAUUAGCAUUCUCUGGUACUGAUAAGAAUCUCGAAUCACUCAACACAUGGUACGAGGUUUCAAAUCUCCGGCAGUACUCCCUUUACGGCUUAUAUUCUGAUAUUCAAAACUCGAUUGGUCAAGUUACGGGUCAGCUAUAAGCUUUCUCUCAAGGCAACAGGCUAUCAGAAUAUUGUAUGUGUUAGGCAAAUGAUCUAGUCAAGUGUAUCAAGAUUCAAUAUAUAGUUCAUUUGGUUUAGAGAGAAGAAUUUUAAUUAAUCAUAAGUCAAUUGAACCUUCCCUAGAUUUUCUCCUUUGAAUUAAACUAUUUCAUA